ACUUUCCUACCUCGCAGCCUCGUAGCACUUCGUCAGCGGCCUCUUCCAUCCAACACAGGCGAACCAAAUAUUCCACAUCAGUCUUCCGCUUCGCAUAUUCUUGCUGAGUAUCUCACGACCAGUCCCCUGAUCUGCGUAUCGGUCGACGGUCGGUCUAAACCUCCAACCCGGAUUUUAUCGCGCCGUUUGUCGAUCGCCGUCGCGACUCUGCCUUGUUUGCCAAUCGUAACCGCCAACCUGGCAUCUCCCGAAUCAUUUCGAUCACCUCGAUUGAUCCCGCCUACAUACCCUAGUCGAUAGCCGAACGCAGCGAGAUGACCACAGUUCACCACCCUCCCAUGCUACAGAGACCACAGCUCGAUGCAGUUUCAGCUGAGAUCCUUAGCAUCAUCGCCAGCUUUCUAGCUCCUUCAUUACAUGUACCACCAAUGGCUUUAUACCGGUGGACACCUCCCGAUUGCUUGUACUCCAGUUUGUCUCAAGCCUUCCGGGAUACUCUCGCUUUCUGCCUGACAUGCCGCACGGUUGCCGCAACUGUGCGGCCACACCUCCUGCGAAAUGUCCAUGUUAUCAGCGGGCGAUCCUUGGUAAAGCUCCUUUACACGGUUUACCGGCAGCCUGAGAUUGGGGCACAGAUCCUGAACUUCUCGUCACAUAUAGACUUGGGCGCAAUGGAGUGUGAGGCGGAGGUGUUCGACGCGUGGCACCGCCAACGGGCACACCUUGAAGGAGGCACCGAGUUCGAAAAUCUGAUGGAUUACUGCCCUGGAUUUGCCGGGGAUGCAUUCCGCCCAAUUAUUAAACAUUACAUGUUCUGUGCAGCCAGGGUACUUCGUGUUCUCCUUCGUUUUAUGCCAGCCCUCGAAUCACUCUUCAUCAAGGGCAUAGAGGGUACAUAUGUCCUCAGGACUAAGCCCCAUAGCCACAAAUAUGAGGCUUGUAAUGCAGAUGCAUUACACAAGAAGGAGCUCUACAACGGCAAUCUAUUCAACAGCCAUGUCGAACUAGAGGAUUGGAGCAUCUUGCCUUUGAAAUUGAAGAGGCUUCAACUACAAGCAUCGCAGCCGGACAGAUAUGGACUAGCAUUCCCUGUCAACCGCUUCCUGCGUUUCCUGUCGAACCUGGAGAUAUUGGAGGUGUCGGGUGGCAAUAUCCUGCAGACUUGGGACAGCCUGGUGCUUCCUUACUUCCCCACUACCUAUCCUUGCCUUCGGCGGCUUCAUCUGUACGACAGCGGAAUAAACGAGCGCCAACUUAUCCGGCUAUGCCAGACGUUUAUCAACCUCCGCGAGCUCUUGGUGAACUACUACUGCAGCCCGGUCGACCACACCCAUGAAAUGGUGCCAAAAGGAACCGAACCACGUGGCCCACAGUCGGAUACGGACCACACCCUCAACAACGCGUUGCUGGGGCUGGCAGGAUCCCUACGCUCUCUGACAAUCGUGGCACAGGCCGAUUCGACUGAUCACUUCCUCGUGACAGACCCCCUGGGGAGGCGGUACCUCCACUGCCUCCCCUCCAUGGCCAACCUGGAGCACCUGAACGUCGACCUAUCCUGCCUGUGCGGGCCCGGCAGCGACUUCAACUCCCACUGGCUGUUAACGUCUCCCCCCGGCAUGACGGCAUUCCCCGCCUCGCUGCAGACCCUCACCAUCUUCCUGCGGUGGAGCAGGCUCGAGAACCAAAAGGCGCCGAAGAAUUAGUACCGGAUGGGCGCCAAGGGGCUCCUGCUCUGCCGCACCGCCCUCCACAUCCUCAGGCACCUGCGCCAGCGGGCGGCCGCGCUGCCGGCGCUGAGGCUCGUCACCGUCGUCAUGCCGCUCGA